UUCCGGUUCCGGUGUCAGUUCGAGGCGCCGCCGCCGCCGCCGCCGCUGCCGCCGCCGGAGCCGCGAUGCCUAAAGGCAGGAAGGGAGGCCACAAAGGCCGGGCAAGGCAGUACACGAGCCCCGAGGAGAUCGACGCGCAGCUGCAGGCGGAGAAGCAGAAGGCUAGGGAAGAAGAGGAGCAAGAAGAAGGUGGCGAUGGGGCUGCAGGUGACCCCAAAAAGGAAAAGAAAUCACUAGACUCCGACGAGAGCGAGGAUGAAGAUGACGACUACCAGCAAAAGCGCAAAGGUGUGGAAGGGCUCAUUGACAUCGAGAACCCCAACCGGGUGGCACAGACAACCAAAAAGGUCACACAACUGGAUCUGGACGGGCCAAAAGAACUUUCAAGGAGAGAACGAGAAGAAAUUGAGAAGCAGAAAGCAAAAGAGCGUUACAUGAAAAUGCAUCUCGCUGGGAAGACAGAGCAAGCCAAGGCUGACCUCGCCCGGCUGGCAAUUAUCCGGAAACAGAGGGAGGAGGCAGCGAGGAAGAAAGAGGAGGAGAGGAAAGCAAAGGACGAUGCAACCUUGUCAGGAAAACGAAUGCAGUCGCUGUCCCUGAACAAGUAAGCGCGGCCUGUGGGAGGACGUGCUGGGGAGACGGCCGCGCCGCCGGGACCGCUCCCUCUCGCCUGCCCUGUGCCCUGGCACCACUGUAGCAGCCCCCCACGGCCUGGGGCCGCCUCUUCAUCUUGGCACAGAACCCGGCGGGGGUGUGGGGGGAGGGGCAGCUGCGAUCUCUGAGACAGAAAGAUGCAGGACGGCAUCUCCUAUGUAACCAUUGGAAUGUUUUUGCUGUUUUUAGAAACCAGAACCCUUGUUGGGGGGUGCCGGGGAGGUGGGGUAAGAAGAGCUUCCAUUUGUCUGGUAGAUGCACGUUAGUGGGCGGCUGUGCCGGAGGCAGCCGCCGACAGACCCGACAGCCGGCCCUAGUCUGUGUUGCCUGGGUGCUCGCUCAGAGGGGCUGCUGUCCACAAGUCUGGGCCCCUAGGUCCCUGAGGGUCACAGCUUCUCCCUGGCCAGUCCCCUCCGACUGAGGCCUCUUCUCUGCCUUUCCCCGCCCCAUUCCUGCCCUCCUGGCCAAGGUCAGUGCCCGUUUUUAACCCUGCCCAUCAAUCAUUUCAAGGAACCUCUGUGUACUGUGUAGCACCCAGGCAAGACAUGCUCCACAAAUUCAACUUGUAUAUUUGGCAGAUUAAACUUGACAUUAUCGUA